AUGCUCAACAACAUCACCGCCGGCGGAUCCGUACACGCGGGUAUCUCCGCAGCGAAGGAUGCGCAAGAUCUCAAGCGGUACGAGAAGGAGCAUGGCGUGCUGGGUGUGAAUCUGGGCUCCGGUCUGUCCGCGGGUGGCCUCACGCUCCAUCAGGAAUUGAUCAUGACUAUGCCCGGCACAGGUAGCGCGUCGGGGAUCGGGCAGGGCGACGACAAGCCCGCGAAGCAAAAGCGGCAUCGGACGCGUUUCACACCGGCCCAGCUCAACGAGCUGGAAAGGUGUUUCGGCAAAACCCACUAUCCAGACAUUUUUCUGAGGGAGGAAAUAGCACUAAGGAUCGGCCUCACGGAAAGUCGCGUUCAGGUAUGGUUUCAAAACCGACGAGCGAAGUGGAAGAAGCGCAAGAAGACGACCAACGUGUUCCGGUCCUCUGGAUCGCUGCUACCAUCGCACGGCCUGCCACCCUUCGGACCGAUGACCUCCGAGUUGUGCACCGGAAUGUUUCAUACUCCUGCGGACAGAUGGGGAAUGGGAACAGGUCUCGGACAAUUGCAAAGCGGCAUGACGAUGAGCGGCUUCGGGCAGCUCAGUCAACAGGGCACGGGAAGUUUAGGCUCUAGCCUUAGCCUCGGCAAUUCCGGACUGCCGAUCAACAGCCCGUCGCAAUCUGUCUACCAUACCAAUUACGGACUCAAUUCGAUCAGUGGUGUUCAUGUGUCGGCGUCCCGAGGCUCGCCACCGGUAGGCGGCGGUCAGGCCGGGAUGGGUUCGAACCUGAACUGCGGCCAGGGCUCACCGGGCACGACUUCCGGUACCGGCGGCAGCGGCAGCGGCGGCGCCGGGGGCGGCGGCGUCUCUUGCGUGGGCGCCGACGUGACUACGAACGAGGCCUCGGACUGGAGAGGCGCCCACAGCAUCGCGGCGCUCAGGCGUCGCGCCUCGGACGCCUCGCAACAGUACAGCCCGCAACCGCCGCCAGGACCGCCUCAGUACACCCACGAAAUGGAGUACAGUUCUGUUUACCAAGGCGUCGUCUGA